AUGCUGCGGUGUGCGUCGCGCGUCUGUCGGGCCGCCUCCCUGUUGGGUUACCCGCUGCGCCGGGCAGCCGCGAUGGAAAUGUUGUACGGCGGUGUGCGUGUGCAGCACCUUGCACAGUCGCCGUUCUCCCUCCGGAAGACGCAGUCAGAGGCGCUUCCGUCCCCGUCGCUGCAGCGCGAGCGGGACGAUCUGGAGCUGGAGGUGAAGGACUCUGCCAACAAUGUGAUGGGGCUCCGCCUUUUCCCCAUUAACAUUGGGAUGCGGGCGAGGAACGAGGCGGUGCGGCUGCGAAGCGAAGACUGCUACAAGCGACUACUGGCACAGCGGCAGUGUGCAGAGGUGGGCGAGGCGCUGAAGUUUCCCGUUCCGUCGAGCCUUUCCGCCGGUGAGCACAAAGACGCCACCGCGUCUAGGCAGCUUUACGCAACGCAUUUUCACCCACCAUCGUCCAGGCUUUCCAUCCUUACCCGGCCCGUUGACUGUAGCGACUGCAAGGUGAAAACAACACCAUCCGAUGUUGCGGUAUAUCACCCUCGUGCAUGGAGACCCUUGCAGAUGUUAAAGCCGAUGCCGCACAACUGGAGCCCCACACUGCGUUCCUCUGGAGUGCGCGGGCCGCACAUGCAGCUUAUGCAAGAGCGACUGGAUGGAAAGGGAUUUGGAUGGAAACGCAAAUCCAGAUUUCUGUGGCAACAAGAUAUUGAUACCGCUGGAUUUAGGCCGAAGCGCUUCUUUUAG